CAAGGCGGCGAGUGGGCCAGUGAAAGCAACUGCCGAUCAUUUCACUGCGGUGGUGGAGAUUAUUACCAAUCAGUACAUCAUCCAUUGAUGAUGUGAGCAUUGAUCUCACUCCGUAGACUUUGAUGCCACUUUCCUACUAGUAUAUUUUCUUUUGUUGUGUUUUCGUUUCAAAAAGCCAUAUAUUUAACGACAAUGCUCCCUGAAGAAUCAAGCAACACAAGUCCCCCACAACGAACGAACCGUCGCAGCAAGCCUCAAUUAUCAUGCCACCUGUGCCGAAGACGGAAGCUUCGAUGCAACCGCCAAAAACCUUGUUCUUCGUGUACUGCCCGCGGUCUGGCUCUGUCGUGCAAGUAUCCGAGUCAAAAUGGCCGAUCUUCACCCGAAGGUAUACAGAUACAUCACACAGAAGCUCCUCGCACUAGGGCUAGUAUACGAGACCGCGUGGUUCAACUAGAGGAAAUGGUCGUAUCACUAAUCCAGAACCCAUCUCACGAAGGUAGUCGGCCAAUAUCAGUGAUUCGUACUGGCGAUACGGAAGGAGAAAAUCCGGAAGAGGCUACUCAUACUACGCCGCUAUCCGAUGUCGAGAAUUCGCCAAGUCGUGGCAGCAUGAUUUUUGGCUCAUCUGGGCCGCAUUAUGUGAGCGGGACUCACUGGGCUGCUAUUCUGGACAGUAUUACCGACUUGAAAGAACAUCUCGAACAACAGGAAGGCGAACAUGUCACGGCUCCUCCUUACAUGCCGCAUGUACUGUUGUUAUACGGCUGCGAAUCAAUAUCUAAAGAAGAUAUUUUGCAAGCUCUUCCUCCAAAAGUAAAUGUGGAUCGGUUUGUGUCGCAGUAUUUUAAUCGCCUUGACUUAGCACCAUUAUGUCUGCACAGCGGACAAUUUCAGCGUGAAUAUGAAAAAUUCUGGAAUGCUCCAUCGGAAGCCCCGAUUAUGUGGCUCGCUCUACUCUUUUCUAUGAUAUGUUUAUCAGUUUUAGCAUCAAACGUCAUCUCGUCGAGCCCCUAUGUCGAGACAAAUGGCUCUCUUGUCAACAUGUAUCGGGAAAAGAUUGUUCAAUGCUUGACACUCGGUGAGUAUACAAAGCCAGGACGCUAUACACUUGAGGCUCUUUAUAACUACAUGGUGAUUGAAUACUCUAUCAAAAAUGAUGCAAACAAGGAUAUAUGCGUUUUGAUAGGAAUCCUGAUCAAUCUAGCCAUACAAAUGGGCUAUCACCGAGAUCCAUCGCAUUUCCCAGAGAUCUCACCGUUUACCGGAGAAAUGCGGCGGAGGAUAUGGGCAACAUUGUUACAAGGUGAUAUAUUGAUAACAAGUCAAGCGGGGAUGCCUCGAAUAAUCAAAGAAGGACAAUGGGAUACUAUAGAACCGCGCAACCUGCAUGAUUUUGAUUUCAACGAAAGCACUCUGGAGCUCCCACCGUCUCGACCAGAAACUGAAGUUACCGAUAGUUCGCUGGUUAUAGCUCGUCAGCGAAUAUUGACAGCAUUAGGGAAUAUUGCAGAUCUUACCACCACAGUACAACCAUACUCGUAUGCGGAGGUGAUGGAGAUGGACAGGUUUCUCUACUCUGCCGAGAGUAGGCUUCCGUCUCCUUUUCGGAUGAACUCAAUAGGCUCGGCUGUUACAGACUCGCCGCAGAUUAUACUGAAUCGACUGUUCAUAAGGCUUAUGUUCCACAAGGGUCAAAUAAUGUUACAUCGAAAGUACUUGCAUGUACGAUGCAGGUCAUCCUUGGAUGAAGAAAACAAUUACGCGUACUCGCGCAAGUCCUGCCUCGAAGCUGCUUUGAAGGCUUUGGAGAUCCAGCGAGUGUUCUUUGAGGAGACAGGCCCCAAUGGAUAUUUGCAUGAAUUGUGUUGGAAGUUCUCAUCUUUUGUCAACCACGAGUUUUUGACGGCAACCAUGGUGUUAUGCUUUUUCGCUCGGCACGGUCUUGAGGAAUCCAGUACGUCGUUGCUCAUCAGUCAGGAAAAAAUUCUAGACGUACUCGACAAUGCCCAUGAGAUUUGGGUUAAGCUUAGUGAAUCAUCUAAAGAAGCACAAAGGGCCUCUGAUGCACUAGGAGUUCUUCUGGCAAAGCUCAAAGGGAACCAUCCGGCAAUUGACAAUAACCUGGACCUUACCCUAAGAAAGAACCAGCUUGAGCCUCUGAACUUGACAAAUCGGAGUCUUGAUUCCCCAAUGACAUCGCUAGAUUUCGCGCACUUCGAACACACAUUGCAGCUGGAUGAACCAUUUAUUGGUAUAAGUCCCGAUUGCUAUCAUACGGCGAUAAAUAAUUUCCCGUCUUUAUGGUAGUAUGUUCGAUAUAUAUGGAUAGUUAUUCUGAUCUAGACGACUUUAGGAUCAUAAUCAGCACAGUUAAACUAGGGGAUUAAAAUUUUGAAAAGUCACUGAAACUUUAGGAGGUGUUAUAUCCAUAGAUGUAUCUUUGGAUGAAUUGGCUUUAAAAUAUAUCUUUUUGAAUCCAUUACCCCAUUGUAAAUAAAUACUGUGCAUAGAAGUCUUCCCCCGCUUAUUGCCGACAUUUCAUUUGAGUUAAAC